CCGGGCCCACUGGUGAGACACGUGGAAAUCGGGGUGUGACACAUACUAAUGUUUAUUGGUCUCUCAUAUAAUUAAUGGUUUUAUUUAGGUGAUUUAUAAGGAUAAAAAAUGAGAACUAGUAAGUGCUCUUUGAUAAACAUUAAAUUGCAUAUGGUUAAAUGCCCUUAAAUAUCGUUAAAUGAGGCUGUUAAUUUAAAUAUGUAGGGCGAAAAAGCAAACGGAUAACUAUUAAAAGGAAAGCGAAAGUUAAAAACAAUGCAGCAGACCCGAUAAUAUGUUCUGAUGAUGACGAAUGUAAAUAUUUUGGAGACCUUGAUGUGGUGAUAUGUAUUUUAAAGGGUUUAUUAGGGAUAAAGAGGUUUACUAUGCCAUGAGCAUUAUCUAACUGAGUUACGUUAUGUGCAGCUGACAAAAUGAGGAAGGGAGUCAUCAAGAACCUUGAUGAUGCCAGGGUGACGAAUUCGCUCUCUGAUGAUGACUUUGAAUCAAGUGCUGGUGAGAAGAUGGACACAAACCAGCAAGUUUCUUCACAGAGAUCUGAAUACUUCCGCAAAUUAGAAGAAAAGUGGCGUAAAGAAGAGUCCAUCCGUAAACAGGAAGCAACCAAAGACGAAACUGCUGGACAAAACACAAAGAAAUUAAACAAAAAAGAUAUUCAACAUGUGAAAAGAAAAGGCAAACGAGCAAAAAGAACGAGUGAAUACAAGGUUAAAGCAGUACGUGUUCCAUUUAUGGAUAACUCAGAAGGUAUGCAGGCGAUUUACAGUAAUAAGUUUACAACAAUAUUAGGAUAAUUGUUUUGAUUUGAUGUUGGAGAGAACGAAGCCAAUAAACUGAUGGCGCUGGGAAAAGGGUAUAUACACUUAUGUAUUGGGAUAUUAUCGAUACAGUGUAUGUCCUUUAUCAUAGUGAAUGUCCUUUAUCAUAUUGUAU